CCUUCAUUCACUUACAUUACAGACAGAUCCCCAUUUGAGCCAUGCCAGUGAAGUUUAAAGCGCCAUUUUGAGUGUGAAGACGAAUUGAAAUCGUAGUGGGUUGCGGCGUUCCCCGUAUCGUUUGUCUUCAAAAAUUUUCCCGGUUACGUCAACAGAUAAUCUGAGAAGAUGUCUGGGCAAAGCCAACGCUUGAAUGUAGUUCCAACAGUUACAAUGCUUGGAGUGAUGAAAAGUCGGCUUGUUGGGGCUACAAGAGGUCAUGCUCUUCUUAAGAAGAAGAGUGAUGCUUUAACAGUUCAAUUCCGUCAGAUUCUUAAAAAGAUUGUCACUACAAAGGAAUCAAUGGGAGAAGUAAUGAAAACCUCUUCCUUUGCCUUAACUGAAGCCAAGUAUGUUGCUGGUGAAAACAUCAAGCACGUUGUCCUUGAGAAUGUUCAAAAUGCCUCUCUUAAAGUUCGAUCUCGUCAAGAGAAUGUUGCUGGUGUCAAGCUUCCAAAGUUUGAGUAUUUCACAGAAGGUGAGACCAAGAAUGACCUUACUGGAUUAUCCAGAGGUGGCCAGCAGGUUCAACGCUGUCGUGCUGCCUAUGUCAAAGCAAUUGAGCUUCUUGUUGAGCUUGCUUCACUCCAGACUUCAUUUUUAACACUAGACGAGGCCAUUAAAACAACCAAUCGCAGGGUCAAUGCUCUAGAGAAUGUUGUUAAGCCUAGGUUGGAGAAUACCAUCAAUUACAUUAAGGGAGAGUUGGAUGAGCUUGAAAGGGAGGAUUUCUUUCGCUUAAAGAAGAUACAGGGUUAUAAGAAGAGGGAAAUCGAAAGACAGUUGGCUGCUGCCAAACAGUUCGCUGAGGAGCAGUUUGCUGAGAAGAUUUCUUUGCAGAAAGGCAUUUCAUUCAGUUCCGCACACAACUUGUUAUCUGUGGCUGCUAACAAGGAUGAGGAUAUAAUUUUCUGAUGGGGAGGUUUGUUUAUGUGGCUCUGUAUGUGCUGUUUGUUUUGUGGUGGAACAUUCAUAGUAAUAAUAUUUAGUACUCAAAAGAGGACAAUCUAAUACAUUGAAUAAGCUUUGUGUACGAUUCUAUUUAUUGUAUUGGUUUCAUUGAAUUGCCAGCAAUAUGCAGAUAAGAGUUUCCUGGUCUA